UUUCAUACUGCUGCUCUAUCUACCCGCAACUAAAUACUCUACUCUACUACUCUACUUACAAUGGACACCGACAGCGAGUGGGCCAGUGAGCCGAUUGCCAUCAUCGGCAUGAGCUGCAAGUUCUCCGGCGGUGCCAGCAAUCCAGACAAGCUCUGGGACCUGAUGGCAUCAGGCAAGACCGGCUGGAGUGAGAUUCCAGAGGACCGGUAUAGCCUCAAAGGAGUCUACCACGCAAACCACGAAAGAACCAGCACGACACAUGUCAAAGGAGGGCACUUUCUCGACGAAGAUGUCGCAGCAUUUGACGCAGCCUUCUUCAACUACUCGGCGGAGAUGGCCCAGGUGGUCGACCCUCAAUUCCGCCUGCAGCUUGAAUCCGCUUAUGAAGCGCUUGAAAACGCUGGCCUCCCCCUGUCCCGCGUAAUGGGGUCUCAGACGUCCGUCUUCGCCGGCGUCUUCGCCCACGACUACCAGGAGGGAAUCAUCCGCGACGAAGACAGACUGCCCCGAUUCAACGUCGUCGGUACAUGGAGUCCCAUGUCAGCCAACCGCAUCUCGCACUUUUUUGACUUCCGGGGUGCCAGCAUGACCCUCGAAACCGGCUGCUCGACGACGCUGGUGGCCCUGCACCAAGCCGUCCAGACCCUGCGCAACCGCGAGGCCAACAUGUCCAUGGUGACUGGCGCCAACGUGAUGCUUAAUCCGGACACCUUCAAGGCCAUCGGAUCACUGGGGAUGCUGUCGCCUGAUGGGCGGUCGUUCUCGUUUGAUUCGCGUGCCAAUGGGUAUGGCCGCGGAGAGGGCGUGGCCACCAUCAUCGUCAAGCGACUAUCGGAUGCCCUGGCUAACAAUGACCCCAUUCGUGCCGUGAUCCGUGAGACAGCGCUGAACCAGGAUGGCAAGACGGACACAAUUACUACGCCAUCCGGUGCAGCGCAGGUAGAUCUCAUGCGGGAAUGCUACAGCCGUGCUGGCCUGGACCCUCGCGGCACCCAAUACUUCGAGGCCCAUGGCACCGGAACGCCGACUGGUGACCCAAUUGAAGCGCAGGCCAUGGCUACGAUCUUCAGCCAAGGCCAGGGCCGCGACGACAAGGACCACUAUCUGCGCAUUGGUUCCGUCAAGACCAAUGUGGGCCAUACCGAGGCCGUGUCGGGUCUUGCUGCCAUGAUCAAGGGUGUCUUGUGCCUCGAGAAAGGACUGAUUCCGCCUACGGUCAACUACGAAACGCCCAAUCCCAAACUGAAGCUGGACGAGUGGCGACUCCAGGUGGUGAGGAAGAUGGAGCAGUGGCCUGACAGUCUGGUCGAUGGCCCUCGUCGCAUGUCCAUCAACAACUUUGGCUACGGCGGUGCCAAUGCCCAUGUCAUUAUGGAGAACGCCGACCCCUGGACUGUGGCAUCAGACCUGGAUUUUGAACUCGUCAAUGGCACGGACGGUGUCGCAGACGCCAAAGUACUCGUCCUCAGUGCGCGCGACGAACGAGGCUGCCAGCAAAUGGUGUCCGAUCUCAAGGACUAUCUGGAAAGACACAAGUCGCUGGACGCUAAAGCAGCUGAACAGCUGCUGCAGAAUCUAAGCUACACCCUGGGCGAGCGCCGGACCCUCUUCCAGUGGGUUGCAGCGCACCAAGUCCGUCUUGAUAACGGGACUCUCGACUCUGCCAUCCAGGCCCUUGAAUCGCCUCGUUUCAAGCCAGCCCGUCGAGCUUCUGAGAGCCCUCGCAUUGGCAUGGUAUUCACCGGCCAGGGCGCGCAGUGGUAUGCUAUGGGCCGUGAGCUACUGACCUUGUACCCUGUCUUCCGCCAGUCCAUUGAAGAGGCUGAGACGUACCUGAACGCCCUUGGGGCUGACUGGUCCCUGAUCGAGGAGCUGCAGCGUGACAAGAAGACAUCAAAGGUGCAUGACACAAAGAUCAGCAUUCCCAUAUGUGUAGCUCUGCAGAUUGCGCUGGUCCGUCUGCUUGAGUCCUGGGGCAUCACGGCAUCAGGAGUCGCCAGCCACUCGUCCGGUGAGAUUUCAGCGGCUUUUGCUGUCGGAGCCCUCACGCAUAGGCAGGCCAUAGCUACAGCCUACUUCCGUGCUGUCCUUGUAGCAGACGAGACACUGCGCGCACCGGACUCUGCUACAGGUGCUAUGGCGGCAGUCGGGCUGGGUGUUGACGCAGUGCAGCCCUACUUGAACAGGCUGACCAAGGGCAAAGCGGUGGUUGCAUGCGUCAACAGCCCUCAGAGUGUCACCAUCUCUGGCGAUGAAGAUGCCGUUGACGACAUCACCGACCUGUGCAAGCAGGACGACGUGUUUGCCCGUCGUCUCAAGGUCCAGCAGGCAUACCACUCACACCACAUGGACCCCUUUGCUGAUGCCUACCGCGAGCGUCUUCGAAUCGAGAUGGCCCAGAGCGCAGUCAAAGGCGACCAGCAGCUCAAGGCAGUCUUCUCCUCCGCAGUCACUGGCGGGCGCAUCACCGAUAUCAAGCAGAUUGCCAGCCCCGACCACUGGGUCGGCAGUCUGGUGCAGCCAGUCGAGUUCGUCGACUCCUUGACCGAGCUGGUCCUCGGGGAUCCUGAUGACCCGACGGGUAGAAGCGUUGAUGUCCUUCUCGAGGUUGGUCCUCAUACAGCCCUGGGAGGUCCCAUCCGCGAGAUCCUGUCCCUGCCCGAGUUCGAAGGCAUUGAGCUUCCAUACUGGGGCUGUCUGGUGCGCGACGAGCACGCGGGCGACAGUAUGCGCUCCGCUGCAAUCAAUCUCUUCCGUGAAGGACAGGCCCUUGUCAUGGACCAGAUCAACUUCCCCGUGCCUGCAUACGACGAGGAGCCCAAGGUCUUGACUGAUCUUCCCUCGUAUCCCUGGAACCACACGAUGCGCCACUGGCAAGAGUCCAGAGUCAACCGUGCCAUUCGCGAGCGCAGCCAGCCUCCUCAUGAGCUGCUCGGCAUGCCUGUUGCUGGAAAUGACCCCAGUGCGUCCGUAUGGCGCAGGGUAUUGCGUGUCACUGAGACUCCGUGGCUGCGCGACCAUAUGGUCCAAGGCAGCAUUGUGUACCCAGGCGCUGGCUAUAUCUGCCUUGCAAUCGAGGCUGCUAGGCAAUUAACUAGCCAGGCCAAGACAAUCUCAGGAGUUCGCCUGCGCGAUGUCAACUUCCUGUUUGCCCUUGUUAUCCCAGACAACGCGGAUGGCGUGGAGAUCCGGACCACGCUGCAGGCUGUCCCUGAGCGUGAGAUUGGGGCUCAAGGCUGGUGGCGCUUCGAGGUCUCGUCAGUCACUUUGGAGAACAAGUGGACACUGCACGCUACAGGCAUGGUUGGUAUAGAGUCUGCUGUCGUGGAGACUGAACGUCGUCGCCCACUGUCGACGUACACUCGCCAGCCAAACCCCCAGGAUCUGUUUGCCAAUCUCAGGGCACGCAGUGUCUAUCACGGCCCUCUCUUCCAAAACACGAACCAGAUCAUCCAGGAUGGCCGUGAGCCGCGGUCCAUCUGCGACAUCACGGUCCGCCACGAAGCUUCGUCUGAUACAGACCCCGAGGUGGCAGCGCAGAACAGCCUGUUGCACCCAAUUACGCUUGAUGCUGUCGUUGUGGCCUUUUAUUCCGCCCUCCCCAGUGUCGGAGCGUUGCAGGAAGAGCCCAAGUUGCCGCGGUCUGUUGGAUCGAUGUGGAUAUCCAGCAAUAUCAGCCGCCAGAUCGGCCACACGCUGCAGUGCGACACGUCCCUUCUUCAUGACGACCCCCAGCGCGGGAGGGCCGAUAUUACAGUGUUCGACGGCGAGACCGACAAUGCAGUGCUCAAGAUGGAGGGCGUCGAGCUGGCGUCACUGGGCAGGGGCAGCUCGGGCUCAGCCAGCACUUCGGAGGAGGUGUGCAGCAAGCUUGUCUGGGGGCCGGAUCUUUCGCUUCGAAGCCCGCUGGCCUUCGAGCUGAUGAAGAAGCAGCUGGCGUCUAGCUUGACAAAUGAAUACAGCGCCGACUCAAUGCAUCAGUCGUCCCUCAGACAGCUCUCUGCUCUGAUACAGAUAGUUGCACACAAGACCCCAGGUAUUCGCGUCCUCCAGAUUGGCAGCGGUACUGAUGCCCUCGCCACACGACGCAUACUGGAGAGCGUUAACACGAGCCUGGUGGCCAGCUGGCACAUCACGGAGCCAUCGGCAGAAGCGCUGGAGGAUGCGCGUGCUCAGCUUGCCGACUGGGAGGACUUGCUCCAGUUUGACCAGCUCGAUAUCGAGCAGAGUCCAUCGAAGCAGAAGUUCACCCCAGAGAGCUACGACGUUGUCGUAUCCUUGCAUGCCCUAUACACUGCCCAGCCGGCCAGUGCGCUGGGACAUGUACACGCUCUGCUGAAGCCAGGAGGCACGCUACUCUUUGCAGAGACGACGAAGGACCAGGUUGAUGCGGACGCCGUGCUUCGAGAUGCCGGCUUCAGUGGUGUCGACAUUGAGCUUCAUGACUCGGAGGGCGAUGUCCAUGCCAGCAGUGUCAUCAUGUCCACUGUGCCUGUCGAGGGCAAAGCCGACCUGAGUAAGGUGAAAGACAGCUUCGCAGUUGUUUCCAGCAUGCAGACAGCUCCUUCACCCGCCGUUGUCGACCAAUUAUGCCAGCGCAUCCAGGCCUUGACCGGGACCGCCACAGCGCACCUCGUGCUGGAACAGAGCAGCGGCGACGCAUUCAAGGACAAGAUCUGUGUGUUCAUUGGCGAGAUUGACCGGCCCAUUAUGACGGACCUCGACGCAGUGCGCAUGGAAGGCCUCCGUGCAAUGGUCACGAAGUGCAGUGGUCUGCUCUGGGUCACGACUGGGGGGACUGUUGAGAGCGAGGCCCCGGAACGGGCAGUGCACCAGGGCUUCUUGCGUGUGCUGCGCAACGAAUACAUAACCCGCCGCUUUAUCUCCGUGGACCUUGACCCUCAUGCAGGUGCUGGUGCGGAUUCAGAUAUCGCCGCGUCGGCCAUCGUGCAGGUCCUCGAGCAGGGAUUCGGCCAUGGCAGCACGCAAACCGGGCCAGCCGAGUUCGAGUACGCCGAGCGAAACGGUCUCUUGCAUGUUCCUCGCUACUACAAGGACGAGCAAUACAACAACAUGGUCACUGGCCCGCUUGUGCCGAGCUGGAGUGACCAGAGCAGCCUUCCCUUGGAGCGCCUCUUCCAAGACCGACCACUCCGGUUGCAAGUUGGCAUCCCAGGACAUCUGGAUACGCUCGCCUUUGUCGACAAUGAGGAAGUCCAUGAUCUAUCGCCAGAGCUUGUAGAGAUCACCCCUCGCGCUCACGGGGUGUGCUCCCGCGAUGUCAUGACCGCCAUGGGACAGCUCAAGGACCAGUCCAUGGGCUUCGAAUGUGCCGGUAUCAUUGCGCGACUUGGCUCUGAGGCUGAGGCCAAGGGAUACAGAGUUGGUGACCGUGUCAUGGCCCUUUCGACCGGCACAUUCUUCGCCAGCACUGUCCGCGUCCCAUGGCAUGGGGUCGUCCAGAUGCCAAAGGACAUGGACUUUGCCAGCGCUGCAUCAUUUCCCCUGGCUUUUACAGUUGCUUACUUUGGACUCGUCAGGAGUGCAGGCCUAACAGCCGGUCAGUCCGUUCUUAUCCAUGCUGCAGCUGGGGCCAUCGGACAGGCCGCCAUUAUGCUGGCCAAGCACCUGGGUGUCACCGAGAUCUACGCUACAGUCGGUUCCCCUGAGAAGCGAGACCUGCUCGAGCGCGAAUACGGCAUCUCUUCUGAGCGUAUCUUCACCAGCCGCGAUGCAUCCUUUGCUCCGGCUGUUCUGGCUGCCACCAAGGGACGCGGCGUGGACCUCGUGCUCAGCUCGCUUUCUGGUCCACUACUGCAACAAAGUCUCAGCACAGUUGCGCCUCUUGGUUAUUUGAUGCAUAUCGGCAAGGCAGAUGUCGAGAGCAACAGCCUUAUGGCGCUCGAGUCGUUUUCGCGCGGCAUCUCGUUCAUAUCAAUGGACGUCCCGACUCUCUUGCAGCGCCGAGGACCCGAUGUGCACCGUGCGCUUGGGGAGAUCGCCGGCCUGGUCGAACAGCAGAAGCUGAAGCCGGUUCAGCCUGUUACUGUCUACCCCAUACAGGAUGUCCAGGCGGCUUUCCGCUUCGUCCAGACCGGCGACCAGAUGGGGAAAGUUGUCUUGUCAGCUGGACCCGACGAACAGGUCUCCGUGGUCCCCCGACCAAAGGGCUUGACAUCUCGAGCUCAACUACGCCCUGACGCAUCGUACCUCAUCGUGGGAGGCGUUGGGGGCAUCGGACGUUCAGUCGCACACUGGCUGGUGGCUCACGGCGCCCAGAAUCUGAUCCUGCUGUCUCGCAGUGCUGGCAAUCUCGAUCUCGAGCAGAACCAGAACAGCGACGGUGCCCUCUUCAUCAACGAGCUGCGCCAGAUGGGCUGUCGAGUCAAGCCCGUCAGCUGCGACGUCUCGCUCCCCAGCUCGUUGACCAUGGCGCUCAGGGCCUGCGAAGACGACGGCUUCCCCCCAGUGCGCGGCGUCAUCCAGGGCGCCAUGUUAUUGCGCGACGCUAUCUUCGAGCAGAUGACUCUCGACGACUGGCGCAGUGGUCUGAGUCCCAAGCUGUACGGCACCUGGAACCUGCACACCGAGUUCUCGCAGCCGGACUCGCUCGACUUCUUCGUCAUGUUGUCGUCUGUCUCGGGCGUUGCAGGCAUCGCAUCGCAAAGCAACUACGCCGCCGGUGGUUCCUACGAGGACGCCAUGGCUCGCUGGCGCCAGUCCCAGGGCCUGCCUGGCGUGGCCAUUGACCUAGGUCCUAUAUCUGAUAUUGGCUACGUGUCGACAGACGCCAGGGUCGCUGAGCGCCUGCGCAAGGACGGCGAAUUCGCCAUGCUCGACGAGGCUAUUGUGAUCCGUGCCCUCAACGCUGCGGUUCUACACCCCCUGGGCCGGUCUCAGGUCAUUGUCGGUCUUACCUCCUCCCCGGGUCCUCACUGGGAUCCCAACGGGCGGUCCCAGCUUGGCCGUGAUGCGCGGUAUGCGGCGCUAAAACCGCACAGCAAGGCUUCAGCGCGACAGGAGGGCGAAAACAGCAGUGCCUCGCUUGCGACACAACUCGCAGAAGCCAGUGACCCGCAAGAAGGCGCAGGGCUCAUUGGGGCGGCUAUUGCGGAGAAGCUUGCAGACAUCUUCAUGACGCCUAUCGCGGAGAUCGAUCUCAGUAAGCCGCCGGCACACUUUGGGGUCGACUCGCUGAUUGCAGUCGAGCUGAGGAAUAUGCUUGCAUUGCAGGCGGCGGCGGACAUUUCCAUCUUCAAUAUCCUGCAGACGGCCAGUCUGGAUGCGUUGGCUGGGUUGGUGGCGGAGAAGAGCAGGCAUUUCGCCUGAAGAUUGUAUUGUUGCCUCUAAUAGAUUGUACUGUUGUUAUCUUGUGUAUAGAGCGUUAGAAAUUUUACCAAUAAAGCCU